UGCGAGAUUGAGGGGGCUUUCAACAAGUUUCGACAUACUCUAGCUUUUCACCACUCCUGCCCUUGCCUCCAUCAAGACUCCUUCCAUCAUGACGUCUGACGCUUCUCCAAAAUUUGUGUACAAGAUUCUCCCGUCCGCUCCCCCGGAGCCUUUCCCCCAGAAGAACCCUCUGUCGGAGCUUGACCAGAAAGAUGGCUUCAUACACAUGAGUAUUGCGGCCCAGGUUCCUGGCACAUGCGAUCGGUUCUUCAAAAACGCGCCGGCUAUUUGGGUGGCCAAGCUGAAGUUCGCCGACUUCGCCGAUCCUGUUAAGUGGGAGGGCGGAUUUCCUCAUCUGUACGGUAAUUUUGGAGUGGACGAUGUUGACUCGGUUGAGAAAUUUGAGAAGUCUGAGGGUCAAACAUGGGCCAGUGUUCUGGAGACUUCGGCAUGGUUAGAGUAGAGGGUAGAUAUGGUCUGCUGAGCUUUCCAUUUGCAUGAUACGAGUACAGAUGGCUUCUAAUCUAGA